CUUCUUUUUUUUUUUAUAUUUUUUUUUAAAAAUCAAAACUUUUUUUCUUUACUAUUUUACACUUAUCUUUUGUUUGGGGAAACAAAAUUUAAUCAAGUCUUUUUAGAAAAAAAAAAAAAAAAGAAAAAGAAAAUUUUUAGACGUUUUUGUAUUGUGCAACAGUUUCUUUUUAAUACAACAUCAUACAACACAUACAAAAAAAGAAUCUUGUAAAAAAGCUUUUUAUAUAUAUAUAACUUAAACCAAGAUGGAUAAACAACAAGUACUCCGUCCUUUGUCUAUUAAACAAAACACUACUGAAGUUUCAGUGCUUGUACCUGCAAACAUCUGGGUUCCUGCUGAACAACUCAGAGAAGAAUUCCCUAAGGGUGAUGCAGAUGCCAUUGAAGAAAUCACUGAUAUCGAACUCGCUGCAAAAUUCUUGUUUUUUGUUACCUCUCGUGCUUCGAAUGAAUCUCAAUUUUUACCUGUCGCACGGACCCUUUUCAUUGACUUUGGUCACCAAUAUCUCAAGAACAAUGACGUCCAUGCUGUCACUCGCUCAUUAUCUUCUCCUGAGUCAAAGAAAGUCGUUAUUCAAGCUUACUAUUCGGCCCUUGUCGCUUUGAAGCAACAUAACGUAUUAACACCCGAAGAAGCUGCUCCCGCCAAGUCUGCUCUUUUCGAGGCUGCCACUCGUGGUGAUGCCAAACUUUUUGCCAUCUUCGGUGGUCAAGGUAACAUUGAAGAGUAUUUUGAUGAACUUGCUGAGAUUUGGGAAACAUAUCAAGGCCUUGUUAAGCCUUUUGUUGAACGUAUGGCUGUUGUUAUGGCCGAAAAUGCACGUAGUCCCGAAGCAAGUGUAUUACACUCCAAGGGUUUGGACAUCUUGCGCUGGUUGGACAAUGUGGAUGCUAGACCUGAUCUUGCUUAUCUCGUCUCUGCCCCUGUCAGUUUCCCUUUAAUUGGUCUCACUCAAAUUCUUCAAUACUAUGUUAUGAUUAAGGUCCUCGACCGUACUCCUGCCGAAGUCCGCGAUUUAUUCGAAGGUACCACCGGUCAUAGUCAAGGUAUCAUCAGUUCUGUAGUUAUUUCUGCUUCUGCCACCGAAGAAGAAUUUAUCAAAAACACUGAAAAGGCUUUGGGUCUUUUAUUCUGGAUCGGUACUCGUGCUCAACAAGUAUUCCCUCCUACUACAUUAAACCCUACUAUUCUCGAAGAUUCCAUCAGCAACAAUGAGGGUAACCCUACUCCCAUGUUGGCUGUCACUGGCCUUAGAGAAUCUCAAGUUGUAAAGUAUCUCAAAGAAACCAACUCUCAUCUUGCUCCUGAUCGUCAAAUUGAGGUUACUUUACACAAUGGUCCUCGUUCUUUCGUCUGUACUGGUCCUCCUCAAUCCUUGUAUGGUUUGAACCUCAGUUUGCGUAAGUUGAAGGCUCCCACUGGUCUCGAUCAAUCUCGUGUACCUUUCUCUCAACGUAAAAUCAAGUUCUCUUCUCGUUUCUUGCCUAUCACUGCUCCUUUCCACAGUGUCUACUUGAAGUCUGCUGUCCCUAUUCUCUUGAAGGAUGCUGACAAAUACGGUCUUCGUUUUGAGGCCAAGGAUCUUAAAAUCCCUGUCUAUGCUACUGACUCAGGCAAAGAUCUUUCUACUUCAUCCGAUAUCACUAAAGCAUUGUUGGAACUUAUUUGUGAACAUCAUGUUCAUUGGGAAAGUGCUAUCGCCACUAAGGAUUUAACUCACAUUAUUGAUUUUGGACCAGGUGGUACCUCAGGUAUUGGUGGUUUGACAUAUCGUAAUAAGGAAGGUACUGGCGUACAAAUCGUUUUAGCCGGUGCUCUUGAAGGAAGCAACCGUGAUCUUUCUUACAAGGCUGAUCUUUUCGAUUCUGAUAUUCGUGCUGUCACUUAUUCUCAAGAUUGGGCUAAGGUUUUCCAACCUAAGUUAGUCGAAACCACUAGUAAUGGACGUAUUCAUGUAGACACUAAAAUGUCUCGUUUGUUGGGUAAGCCCCCACUUAUGGUUGCUGGUAUGACACCCGCUACUGUUAGCGAAAAGUUUGUUGCAGCUGUCAUGAACGCUGGUUAUCAUAUUGAAUUAGCUGGUGGUGGACAUUUCAACGAAAAGCGUCUUCGCCAAAAGGUCGAUCAAAUUAUGCAACUCACCCGUGCCGGUGAAGGUGUUACACUCAACAUCAUUUUCUUGAACGUCCGUCAAUGGGGUUUCCAAUAUCCUCUUGUUCAAAUCAUGCGUAAGGAAGGCCUUCCCAUGGAGGGUCUUUGUAUCGCUGCAGGUGUUCCCAGUAUCGAAUUAGCUAAUGAAGUCAUUUCCAACUUACAAGCUGCUGGUAUUCGUCAUAUCUCUUUCAAGCCUGGAAGUGUCGAUACCAUUCGUCAUGUUGUUGCUAUUGCCGCUGCCAACCCUACCAUGCCUAUCAUUAUGCAAUGGACCGGUGGUCGUGCUGGUGGUCAUCACAGUUUCGAAGAUGCUCAUCAACCUAUCCUUGAAACAUAUGCCGCUAUUCGUCGUCAACCCAAUAUUGUCCUCGUAGCCGGUUCAGGUUUCGGUGGUGCUGAUGAUACUUUACCUUAUAUCACUGGUGAUUGGUCUCUCAAAUUCGAUUACCCUCCCAUGCCUUUUGAUGGUUGUCUUUUCGGCUCUCGCAUGAUGGUCGCCUUAGAAGGUUUGGCCUCUCCUGCUGCCAAGCAAGCUAUGGUUGAUGCUCCUGGUGUCGACGAUGCUGAUUGGGAAAAGACUUACAAGGGCCCCACUGGUGGUAUUAUCACUGUUCUUUCUGAACUUGGUGAACCUAUUCACAAGGUUGCCACUCGUGGUGUUAAGCUCUGGAAAGAGCUUGAUGAAAGCAUCUUCUCUUUACCUAAGGACAAGCGUUUGCCUGCCUUGAUGGCCAAGAAGGAUUAUAUUAUCAAGAGAUUAAAUGCUGACUUCCAAAAGGUUUGGUUUGGUCAAAAGAAGAACGGUGAUGCCUGUGAUCUUCAAGAUAUGACUUACUCUGAAGUCAUUAACCGUAUCAUCACUUUGCUCUAUGUAAAGCAUGAACAACGUUGGAUUGAUAUCACCCUUCGUAACGUUCUCGGAGAUUUCAUGCGUCGUAUCGAAGAACGUUUCAGUAAGGUCGCUGCUCCUUCCUUGCUCCAAAAUUAUAGCCAAUUAGAGAACCCUUAUGCUUUCACUGAAGAGUUCAUGGCUCAGUUCCCCGAAGCCGAGACUCAACUUUUGACUUCCGAGGAUGUCCUUCAUUUCAUUGCUCUUUGUAAGAGCCCCUCUCAAAAGCCUGUUCCUUUCAUCCCUGUCAUGGAUAGAGAUUUCGAUAUCUGGUUUAAGAAGGAUUCUCUCUGGCAAUCUGAAGAUCUCGGAGCUGUUGUCGAUCAAGACGUUCAACGUACUUGUAUCCUUCACGGCCCUGUUGCUGCCAAGUAUGCUACUCGUACUGAUCAACCCGUUGCUGAAAUCCUCGGUGAUAUUUACGAAAGCCACAUCGAAAGUUUGAAGGAACGUUAUUACAAGACUACUCCUAUCCCCAAGAUUGAAUAUCUCGGUGGUCUUCCCAUCAACAAAUCUCUUGUUAAGGAAGCUGCUUCCACUGGCAAUGAACACGUUUACGAAACUGGUGUUACUAACAUUCCCUCCGAGAACGAAUGGCUUCAAGCUAUCUCUGGUCCCAAGUACAACUGGCUUCGUGCUCUCUUGACCUCUCCUUUCAUUGUUCAAGGAAAGCGUUUCGUUGAUAAUCCUGCCAAGCGUAUCUUCCGUCCUCGUGCUGGUCAAAAGGUCAUCGUAUCUACUGAUGCUCAAGGUGAGAUUACUGCCGUCAAGGUCCAAGACAAGAGACCUUGGAGUGCUACCGAUAAGACUGAUCAAUACAUCACCUCUGUCGAAGCCUCCGUUUCUGGUAAAUUGAUCGAUGUCAAACUCUAUGAAAAGAGAGACAAUGACUUGAUUCCUUUGCCUUUGCAGUUCGAGUACAAGCCUGAACUUGGUUAUGCUCCUGUUCAUGAAGUGAUGGAAGGUCGUAACGAUCGUAUCAAGAACUUUUAUUACAAGCUUUGGUUCGGUGUCGACAACACAGAUGAUUUCUUAAACAUCCCUGUUCACGAAAAGUUGAUUGGUAAGGACGAAACCGUUAAGUCUGAAGAAAUCAAGGAAUUCUGUCAAGCUGUUGGUAACCAAGCCGAGGUCUUUGUUGAUCGUGGUCAAAAGGUCGUCUAUGCCCCUAUGGAUUUCGCUAUUGUCGUUGGCUGGAAGGCUAUCAUGAAGGCUAUUUUCCCCAAGGUUGUCGAUGGUGAUCUUUUAAGACUUGUCCAUUUAGGUAACGGUUAUCGUCUUUUGGAAGGUUCUGAUCUUCUCCAAGUCGGUGAUGUCGUUGACACAUUCGCUAACAUUAAUGCCAUUAUUAAUACCGAUUCUGGUAAGAUGAUCGAAGUGAAGGGUGUUAUUGUCCGUGAGGGUAAGCCCGUUCUCGAGGUCACUAGUCAGUUCCUCUACCGUGGUACCUUUGGUGAUUUCGAACAUACCUUUGAACGCAAGGUUGAAACACCUAUGCAAUUCAAGAUCAAGGAUGUUAAGGAUAUUGCUGUCCUCAAGUCUAAGGAGUGGGUUCAAUGGAACGAUGCUUUGGAAACUCAUGAAAUCGCUGUUGGUUCUUCAUUGAUUUUCCGUUUGAACACUGAACUUAAGUACAAGAACAAAAAGAUCUUCUCUUCUGUUAAGACUACUGGUACUGUUGUCAUGCAAGUUUCUACAAAGGAAUUUGUUGAAGUUGCCAAGGUCGAAUAUGAGUCUGGUGAAUCUCACGGUAACCCCGUUAUUGAAUACUUGAAGCGUAAUGCUCAAGAAAUCGAACAAGCUCAUUUCUUCGAAAACGGUGGAUACUCUGUUAUGCCUAGUCAAUCUACCUACUCUUCUGUCGUUCAUGCUCCUGCUUCCAACGAACCUUAUGCUAACGUAUCUGGUGAUUUCAACCCUAUUCACGUCAACCCCUACUUUGCUGAUUUGGCUCUUUUACCUGGUACCAUUACUCAUGGUAUGUGGACUAGUGCUUCUACUCGUAAGUUCGUUGAAAUCUUUGCUGCUGAUAACGUCCCUCGUCGUGUCGUUGCCUACGAUGUUAAGUUUGUCGGUAUGGUCUUACCUUCUGAUAGACUUGAGACUAAGCUUUACCACACUGGUAUGAAGAACGGUCGUAAGAUUAUCAAGGUUGAAACUGUUAACCAAAACAACGAAAAGGUUGUUGAAGGUACCGCUGAGGUUGAACAACCUGUUACUGCCUAUGUUUUCACUGGUCAAGGUUCCCAAGAAAUUGGUAUGGGUAUGGCUUUAUAUGAUAGCUCUCCUGUCGCCAAGGCUAUUUGGGAUCAAGCUGAUAGACAUUUCAUGCAAUACUAUGGUUUCUCUAUUAUUGAAAUCGUUCGUAGCAACCCCAAGGAAAAGGUCGUCCAUUUCGGUGGUCCCCGUGGUAACAAGAUCCGUGACAACUAUAUGAGUAUGACUUAUGAUGUUGUCAACGCUGAUGGUACUGUGGAUACUCUUCCCUUGUUCCCUACCAUUCAUGCUCGUACAGCUUUCUAUACUUUCCGUUCUCCUACCGGUCUUUUGUUUGCUACCCAAUUCACUCAACCUGCUUUGACUUUAAUGGAAAAGGCUGCUUUCGAAGAUAUGCGUGCCAAGGAAUUGAUUCAAGGUAACUGUGCUUUCGCCGGUCACUCUCUCGGUGAAUAUGCUGCCUUGGCUUCCGUUGGUGAUGUAUUACCUUUGGAUUCCCUUGUUGAUGUCGUCUUCUAUCGUGGUAUGACCAUGCAAUCUGCUGUCAAGCGUGAUGAAGAAGGUCGCUCUAACUAUGGUAUGGUUGCUGUCAACCCUGCUCGUGUCUCUAAGACUUUCAAUGAUACUGCUCUUCGUUAUGUCGUUGAUUCCAUUGCCAUCCGUGGUGGUGAUGUUUUAGAAAUCGUCAACUUCAACGUUGAGAACUGGCAAUAUGUCGCUGCUGGUGCUCUUCAAAACCUCGAUGCACUUGCUAAUGUCUUGAACUACAUCAAGACUGCUAACAUUGAUCUCCAAAAGUUGAUGGAAACUAUGUCUCUUGAAGAUGUUAAGAAGCACUUGUAUGAAAUUAUCGAUGGUGCCUUCGAAAAGACCAAGCUUAAGCAAGCUAAGGGUCGUGUUGUCCUUGAACGUGGUCAUGCUACCGUACCUCUUCCUGGUAUCGAUGUACCUUUCCAUUCAUCUUUCUUACUUAGUGGUGUCUCUCCUUUCCGUACUUUCCUCGCUAAGAAGUUCAACCCCUCUGAUAUUAACGUUGCUCAAUUGAGAGAUAAAUAUAUCCCCAAUUUGACUGCUAAGCCUUUCAGUACUGAAAAGAGCUACAUCGAAGAUGUUCAUCAAUUGACUUCUAGUCCCCGUUUGGCCAAGGUCCUCAAGAACUGGACUGCUGACAAAUACGUUACACCUGCUCAACAACAACGUCUUGGUUAUAUUCUUUUGAUUGAACUUUUAGCCUAUCAAUUCGCUUCUCCUGUCAGAUGGAUCGAAACUCAAGACCAAUUGUUCAAGAACUACAAGAUUGAACGUCUCAUCGAAGUUGGUCCUUCUCCUACUUUGAGUGGCAUGGCUGUUCGUACCUUAAACCUUAAGUAUCAAGCUUACGAUAAUGCUUUGAGUAACCGUCGUCAAAACUUGAACAUCUCUAAGGAUGCCAAGGAAAUCUACUACGAGUUCGAGAACGCUGCUGAGGAAGAAGCCGCCCCUGUCGAGUCUGCAUCUUCCGCUCCUGCUCCUGCUGCCGCCGCUGCCGCUGCCCCCGUUGCCGCUGCCCCCGUUGCCGCUGCUCCCGUUGCUGCCUCUGCUGGACCUGCUGCUGCCGUCACUGAUGCUCCUGUCACAGCCACUGAAAUUAUUCAUGCUGUCAUUGCUCAAAAGCUCAAGAAAUCUGUUGACGAAGUCCCCUUGGCUAAGGCCAUCAAGGACUUAGUCGGUGGUAAGUCUACUCUCCAAAACGAAAUUCUUGGUGAUUUGCAAAAGGAAUUCAACAAUGCUGUUCCCGAGAAGUCCGAAGAAACUCCUUUGGAUGAACUUGGAGCUGCCUUGAACAACAGUUUCCCUGGUACUCUCGGUAAGCAUUCUAGCACUUUGAUCGCCAAGAUGAUUGGUGCCAAGAUGCCCGGUGGUUUCACUUUAAAUUCUGCUAAGACCUACCUUACUACCUCUUAUGGUUUGGGUCCUGGUCGUCUCGAAGGUGCUCUUUUGAUUGCUAUCACUAUGGAACCUCCUGCUCGUUUGGGUGCUGAACCUGAAGCCAAGGCCUGGUUGGAUAGUGUCGCUCAAGCUUAUGCUAAGAGAGCUGGUAUUACUUUAUCUGCUCCUGGUGCUGGUGCUGCUGCCGGUGGUAACGGUGGUGGAGCUGCUGCUGUCAUUAACAGUGAGGAAUUUGAUGCCAUGAAGGCCAAGCAAGAUGCUUUGAUCUAUCAACAACUCAACUUAUACGCUAAGUAUCUUCAAAAGGACUUGCGUGAAGGUGCUAAGCUUUACGAACAAGAAAAGACCACAACUGCCAAGUUACAAGCUGAGCUUGAUUUGUGGCUCGCUGAACACGGUGACAUCUAUGCUGAUGGUAUCAAGCCUUCUUUCACUACCCUCAAGGCUCGUCGUUACGAUUCCUACUGGAACUGGUCUCGUCAAGAUGCUUUGGAAAUGUGGUACGACAUUAUCUUCGGUAAGCUCGCUAUCGUUGAUCGUGAAGUUACUGCCAAGUGUUUGAGCAUCAUGAACCGUGCUUAUCCUCAAUUGAUCGAUUACAUGCGUUACAACGUUGAGAAUUGUGCUGGUGAUAAGGGUGAAACCUACAGACUCGCCAAGGAAUUCGGUCAAGCCUUGAUUGAAAACUGCGUCGAUGUUCUUGCUGAAAGCCCUGUUUACAAGGAUGUCGGUUUCCCUACUGGUCCUAAGACUACCAUCUCUGAGAAGGGUGACAUUGGUUAUGCUGAGGUUCCUCGUCCUGGCUGUCGCAAGUUGUCUGAAUAUGUCAACGACAUGACUGCUGGAUCCAAGGUCUCUGAGUUCUCUAACCGUCUCAAGGUCCAACAAGAUCUCGGUCGUAUCUACAAGAUUAUUCGUAGCCAAAACAAGAUGAAGAAGAGCACCAAGGUUGCUAUCAAGGAGCUUUACACUGAUGUCUUGCGUUCUAUGGCUAUGUCUAACAACAUCAUCAGAGAAGAAAGACCUCGUCAACGUCGUGCUUCUACUGUUAACCGUGUUCCUGAACGUAAGCGUGUCGCUCAACCUAAGACUGAGACUAUUCCUUUCUUGCAUCUCAAGAAGAAGAAUGUUAACGAUCCUAGUGGUUGGGAAUUCAGUAACAAGCUUACCUCUACCUAUCUCAACGUCUUGAACGAGAUCGCUGACCAAGGUAUUACUUUUGCUGACAAGUGUGUUCUCUUGACUGGUGCUGGUAGAGAUUCUAUUGGUUCUGAAGUUAUGAAGGGUCUUAUCUCUGGUGGUGCUAAGGUUGUUGUUACCACUUCUCGUUUCAGUCGUGAAGUCACUCAAUACUUCCAAUCUAUCUACGAGACUUAUGGUUCCAAGGGUUCUGAACUCGUUGUCGUUCCCUUCAAUCAAGGUGCUAAGCAAGAUUGCGAUGCUUUGAUCGAUUACAUUUAUGAUCCUAAGGGUCUUAACUGGGAUCUUGAUUUCAUUAUUCCUUUCGCUGCUAUCCCCGAGAAUGGUCGUGAAAUCGAUAACAUUGAUUCCAAGUCUGAGCUUGCUCAUCGUAUUAUGUUAACUAACCUUCUCCGUAUGUUGGGUAACGUUAAGACACACAAGCAAAAGAUUGGUUCCGAUACCCGUCCUGCUCAAGUCAUCCUUCCUUUGUCUCCCAACCAUGGUACUUUCGGUGCCGAUGGUCUUUAUGGUGAAUCUAAGAUCUCUCUUGAAACCCUCUUCAACCGUUGGUACUCUGAGAGCUGGUCUAGCUACUUGAUUAUUGCUGGUGCCGUCAUUGGUUGGACUCGUGGUACUGGUUUGAUGAGUGCUAACAACAUGGUUGCUGAAGGUAUUGAAGCUCUUGGUGUUAGAACUUUCUCUACUGUCGAGAUGUCUUUCAACAUUCUUGGUCUUAUGCAUCCUUCUAUUGUCGAACUUUGUCAAAAUGAACCUGUUUGGGCUGAUCUUAAUGGUGGUCUUCAAUUCAUUACCAACUUGAAUGAAGUCAGUGCCAACUUGCGUAAGGAAAUUCGUGAGACUGCUGAAGUCCGUAAGGCUAUUGACGUUGAGAAUGCUCUCGAUUUCAAGAUUGUCUUCGGUGAAGAAGCUGAGCGCAAGCAUAAGCCUCAUAACAUUACUCCUCGUGCUAACAUGAAGUUUGACUUCCCUACUCUUAAAUCUUAUGAUGCCUUCAAGCAUCUUGGUCAUCUUAAGGGUAUGAUUGAUCUUGAGCAAGUUAUUGUUGUUGCUGGUUUCGGUGAAGUGUCCCCUUGGGGUAAUGCUAGAACUCGUUGGGAAAUGGAAGCUUUCGGUGAAUUCUCUCUUGAGGGUUGUAUUGAAAUGUCCUGGAUCAUGGGCUUUAUUAAGCAUCAUGAUGGUAAUUUGAAGACUGGUAAGUUCUACUCUGGCUGGUUAGAUGCUAAAUCUGGUGAACCUAUUGAAGAAAAGGAUAUCAAGACCAAGUAUGAAAAGCAAAUUCUCGACCAUUGUGGUAUUCGUCUUAUUGAUCCUACCGUUAUGGAUGGUUAUAACCCCGAGAAGAAGAUGCUCAUGCAAGAAAUUGUUGUCGAUCAUGACCUCGAGCCUUUCGAGUGUUCCAAGGAAGAAGCUGACAACUUCAAGCUUCAACAGGAAGAUAAGGCCGAUGUCUAUGAAAAUGCUAAUGGUGAUUGGUGUGUUGUUUUGCGUAAGGGUGCUACCUUGUAUGUCCCUAAGGCCCUUCGUUUCGAUCGUCUUGUCGCAGGUCAAAUCCCUACUGGUUGGGAUGCUGCUCGUUAUGGUGUUCCCAAAGAUAUUGUCGAUCAAGUUGAUCCCGUUACUUUGUUCAACAUUGUCUCUACUGUCGAGUCUUUCAUUUCUGCCGGUAUUACUGAUCCUUACGAGUUCUUCAAGUAUGUCCAUGUUUCCGAAAUCGGUAACACUACUGGUUCCGGUGUUGGUGGUCAAUGGUCUCAAAGAGGUCUUUACCGUGAUCGUCUUCUUGACAAACCUGUCCAAAAGGAUAUCCUUCAAGAGUCUUUCAUCAACACUAUGCCUGCUUGGAUUAACAUGUUGCUUCUUUCAUCUUCCGGUCCUAUUAAGACUCCCGUCAAUGCCUGUGCCACAUCUGCUGUUUCUAUCGAAUUGGCUUGUGAAUCUCUCUUGACUGGUAAGGCCAAGAUUAUGAUCGCUGGUGCUACUGAAGACAUCACUGAAGAAUCCAGUUAUGAAUUCGCUAACAUGAAGGCCACUUCCAAUGCUGUGGAAGAACUUGCUCAUGGUCGUACUCCCGCUGAAAUGUCUCGUCCUGCUACUACCUCCAGAAAUGGUUUCAUGGAAGCUCACGGUUCUGCUAACCAUAUUCUUAUGUCUGCUGCCACUGCUAUCGAAAUCGGUUCUCCUAUUUACGGUAUUAUUGCUCUCAGUAGUACUGCCACUGAUAAGGAAGGUCGUUCCGUUCCCGCUCCUGGUGCUGGUAUUUUGACCACUGCUCGUGAGAACAUCACCAAGAGACCUUCCCCCUUGUUGAACUUCAACUACCGUGCUAGACAAAUCAAGGCUCGUCGUGCUCAAAUUAAAUCUUGGGUCGAAAGUGAAUACGAAGUUUUGCGUGAAGAAUUGGCUGAACUUAAGGCUUCUGGUGAACUUCCUCAAGAAGAAGAAAAAUCAUGGCUCGAAGAGCGUACCACUUUCAUUCACGCUGAAGCUAAGCGUCAAGAAAAGGAAUGUUUGGGUACAUAUAACCAUCACUUCUUUAAGAAUGAUUCAAACAUUGCUCCUAUUCGUGGUGCCCUUGCUGUUUAUGGUUUGACCAUUGAUGAUAUUGGUGUUGCCUCUUUCCAUGGUACCUCUACCAAGGCUAACGAUAAGAACGAAUCCCGUGUUGUCAACUCUCAAAUGAAGCAUCUCGGUCGUUCUAAGGGUAAUGCUCUUUUGGCUAUCACUCAAAAGUAUUUGACUGGUCAUCCCAAGGGUCCCGCUGCUUCUUGGAUGGCUAACGGUAUGAUGCAAUGUCUUCUCAGUGGUAUCAUCCCCGGUAACCGCAAUGCUGAUAACAUUGAUGUCAUCAUGAAGGACUUCGAGUUCAUUGUUUAUCCUUCUCGCUCUAUCCAAACUGACGGUUUGAAGGCCGGUCUUCUCAAGUCUUUCGGUUUCGGUCAAGCUGGCGGUGAAGUCUUAAUUAUUCAUCCUGAUUAUGUCCUUGCUGCUUUAGAAGAAAGCCAAUACAACGCUUAUAAGGCUAAGAAUGCUCAACGUUAUGCCAAGACCUACCGUUAUCUUCACGAUUCUCUUACUGGUGUUGCUGACUUUGUCCAAGUCAAGCAUGAAGCUCCCUACACUGAUGAACUUGAGUCUCAAGUCUACUUGAACCCUAGUGCUCGUACUGAAUACUCUAAGGAAAAGAAGUCAUGGCAUUUCAAUAAUAAGUCCGCUAAGCAAGCUGCCCCCACAGUUGGCGAUGCUGACGUUACCAAGAAUAUCCUUGCUUCUCUUACCGAACAACAAGCUGGAAAGAGAGGUGUUGGUGUCGAUGUCGAGUUAACUAAUGCCGUCAACAUUGAAAACUCUACUUUCAUUGAACGCAACUUCACUGCUGCCGAAAUCGAAUACUGUAACUCUCGUCCCGAUCCCCAGGCUAGUUUCACAGGUCGUUGGUCUGCCAAGGAAGCUGUAUUCAAGGCAAUCUCCUCAUAUGGAAACAUCCCCUCAGAUGGUGCUGGUGCCCCUUUGAACGAGAUCGAAAUUAAGUCUAAUGCCGUCGGUGCUCCUGAAGUUGUAUUAACCGGUAAAGCUAUGAACGCUGCUUCUGCUGCCGGUGUCAAAAAUGUAAAUGUCUCAAUUAGUCACAGUGGUGCCUACAGUGUUGCUGUUGCCUUGGCUCAGUAAAUUAUAUAAAAAAAAAAAAUAUGUUUAAAAAAUAUCUCAAUUAAUUAGAAUCCUUUCCCCAAAUCCCCCUAAAUUUAAAUAAAUAAAUUUGUAUGAUGUUGUAAAUUAUCUAAAAAA